CACAGUCUCCUAUAUGGUCAGCGUGAAAUAAGCCUUCAGUCUGAAAACGAUAUUUUAGUGCGUAACAUUGAGCGAGAAGUCCGGCGAGAGAGACGAGCGCUGGUCGGGCCAGUUGAUGGAGAAAUCACUUUGGAUAUAAUCCAGAAGAAAUACCUCUCAUUCGAUGAUCAAAUGGCGUUCCUUUUUCAAAUAUCUCAGCGAUUUCCACAAAUAAGCUAUGUCUGGCACGUGGCGACAUCUAGUGAACACAGGAAUAUCUACGCGAUCAAGAUUGGUUAUCCUUCAAACGUGAAAAAACCGAUCCUUUGGAUCGAUGCAGGAAUCCAUGCACGAGAAUGGGUCACACAUUCCGCAGCUCUCUACUUAAUCUGGCAGGUACUGUGCUUUCUUCUAUCCGGAUUCCUGGAUUUA